GCGAAAAAUGCAAAAAGGAAGAACACCAGCACGAGCACUAGCAGCUUGGGAGCGGCUACUACUGGAGGUUCUUCUUCCUACAGCGGCCCAAGUAGGACAUUGUCGUCUUCAACAUCGUCGACUGGUGCGGGGUUGAGCAAUGAUAACAAACACCAGCGCAUUAUCAAAUGCAAAUAAGUCUGGGUCUGGAAACUUGUGAUGCUGAAUUGUGGAUGACUGAAAUACUUCCCAAUGCAGCUAAGCAUGACAAGUUUCCCGCACACUUUUGCAUGCGCAUUCCGCAUGAAAAACUGCGCUUUUGUAUGACAAAAGGAGGUAUCUUCUUGCUAGUCAUGCAACACAGAUUUUACAGGAGUGCAGGACUAGCAUUACAAGUUCCAUGCUUUCAGACCCAGACAUAUUUGCAAUGCAUACGCAUUCUGAAUUACCCGCUCACGCCGGAAGUUGGCCCAAGGGAAGUUGUGCUCCUAGAAGCUCCACCGAUCGAGAAAUUCGACGUAGCAACAAGACCCGACGGAGAAACGGGCGUGCUGGAACAUGAUAGGGAACAGCAUCACGCCGGUAUAAUAUCUUCAAACCAGGGCGGAGGAGGAGGAGGAGCAUAUCAGCAUAAUGGAAAUGAGGGUCUUGUGGCAGGACCACGAGGAGCAUCUUCUUCAAGAACACAUGAGCUGCGGAAGAAUACUUCUAGUACGACGAGCAUAAAAGAUCUGUACAACGUCGUUCCAGCAUCAUCUGUGAAUGAUGAUAAGCCCCAAC